AUGUCCUCUCCAUCUGUCGAGUUGCCUCCAGCAAGUGAUCAUAUUCGCCCCUCGCCGCGUUCAAAUCCUGUAUCUUUAUAUCCGAUAUCAUCGCCACAGCAGAGUGCGGCUGAACUUCCUCCUCCUCCUCUGCCACCCAAGCCGUCAUAUUCACGCAGACCCUCUGCCGCGAACUCCGAGUCUAGUUUUUUAAGUGGUCACUCUUCAUCGAGCGAACACGUCCCCUCGCUCUCAUCCCCUGCAACGUCGAGCCAAACCGCACCGACAAGUCCACCUCUUUCCUUCAGAUCGUCCUCUCACACAGAUACAUUGGAUUCAGUCAACGAAGACAAAGAGGGUGACGAGGCUGCUCGACCCGCGCAAAUACUGACGGCCAACCAGUAUGUUGAACCAGACAUGCUGAUGGGUGUUUCGAUGGGUUUUUCACGACCCGCAAUUUCGACGAUGUUGUCACCUAUGGCAGCAGCUAUGCCCAAUGUCAUAACAUUGCCAUAUGGGAAGGCGCCAACAUUUCACAUCCAGGCGCCCUCCUGGCGUCACCUGUUGAAGCUCAUGGCACGAUUGAGUGGGACACGCGUCGAGCCGACUCUAGAAGCUCUUACUGUUGCAAAACAUGAGCUCAAGUUGAGAACAGUGAUCCAGUUGGUCAAGGUCCAUCACUCAGCCUCGGAAUGGCGGACAGUUAUCUACUUGACGACCGAUAUGCCAGUACCUCCAUCUGUCACAAACUCGUACAAGUAUACCAAUGGCGAUGUAAAUGUACUUCCUUACUCCUAUUCCCUUUCACCACUUCCGCAACUCCUCCGUGAUGGGGCUGAUUCGCCAAUGGCAAAAUAUUAUGUGGUUCCCGCGACGAAUUCCACGCCAUAUCCUACGCUUCCCAUUAACUUUCCCAACCUCGCGAUGUACUUGCAAUCGGCUGUCCAGGAUUCCAGGAAGGCUGCCAACGACAGCUCCGGCGGCGUGAGGAAGUUAGCUCACAAUAUUGACUCGUGCUAUCCCAGAGACGACGAGAGGCCGGCCAGUACGGAUUUCUCUGACACCUCUCGAAGUCGAAUGGCUGGAAUGUUCAACCGCGUUAUCAAUCGCGGAAGAACCCCGAGAGGACGAGGAGGCAAUGAAGAGAUUUAUGAUCUGGUCACCCCUUUUGUACCAGACGAGUGGGGCUGA